AGCUGUGGGCGGGGCGCGGGGCCACGUGUGGGCGCGGGGGUGGUGCCGCCCGCACCGGGCCAUGGCCGAGAGUGCCCCGGGGCCGCGGGGUCCCGACCCCGGGACGAGGGGUUCGUCCUCGGGGAAGGCGAUGAUGCCGGGGGCAGCCCCGUUCCGCUGCCCCCGCACCUCCCUCCCCCGGGACCCCCCGGGCGAGGGGUCGGACGGUGACUCCAAGACCCCCACCUCGAGCGUGAUCCCCAGCGAGGAGGAGGAGGAGGAGGAAGGCCACCAGUGGAGGGUGGGCGACGCCUGCGUCACCGCCUGGGCAGGGGACGGGCGGUUGUACCCUGCCCACCUGCGGGCGCUGGACCCCGCCGCCGGCACGUGCUUGGUGGAAUUCGACGGCUACGGCAACACCGAGGAGCAGGCGCUGGCCGAUCUCCUGCCCCCCCGCCCCGGGGCCUGGGGGUCCCCUGACACCCCGGGGGGUGAGGGUCCCGCCUCAUCGUGGGAGCCACCCCCAAGCGCGAGGAGGAGGAAGGGCAAGCGGGUGCCUUGCUCCCCCCAGCCCCCCGAGGAGGAAGAGGAGGAGGAGAACGCCUUGGCCGCGAUGCUGAUGGCCUGGUACAUGAGCGGGUACCACACCGGCUUCUACGUGGGCCUCCAGGAAGGCCGGGCAGAGGCUGCCAAGCCCCCCCUGAGACCGGGCCGCAGGCAGAAGCCCCCACGCAGCUAGGAGGGCAGCUGGAUCCCGUGCUCCGCCGGAGGGGCAGCCGUUGCACAACACCACGCUCCUGCUCUCCCCUCACUUGUGGAGGGGUCCCCCCCACGGGGGUCCUGGCUGCAGGGAUGGGGGGGAGCAGCCUUUCUCCUCCCUGGCCAGCUCUGCAUCAGAGCCCUGGCCCAGGGGGGCUGCAGCACCCACCUUGUGUCCCCCGCUUUGUCCCCCACCCCCCCAUCCCCUCCUUUGGAAUAAAGCUGUUUGUGAGA